AUGCCUCAAAAAGCUUUGAAAGUCAAACCAAAGGAAAAAAAGAGAGAGAGAAUCACUAAAAAGCAACAAAAUCCUAAGAAUUAUGCUCCAAAAAUAAUUAAGGCUAAAAAUCCAAAAGUUGCAGCUAUGGAUAAAUUAAGUAAAGUUCAUUCAGUUACUACUUCAACUGAAAAAUUAAUUGCUUCAAGAGUUGGUCAUUUAGAACUAUUAACUGGUAGUAGAAGAGAAAUUGAAAGACAACAAAAAUUAGAAAAGAAAAAAGCUGCUGAAAAGAAGAAAUGA